CCGAGCCUUUCAACUUGGAACUUCCAUUUCACUUACACAUUUUAUAAACUUCCAACAUCGCAUUUGAUACCAUUUCUUUUGCAUAAAUCCUCUCCAACUACUAGAUCUUCUUCACUGAUAAUUACCCGCGAGAUCGUUUUAUAGAAGGGACAGAAUGGCGUCAAAAGAUGAGCAGCCUGUUGAGGACAAGGACGCACUUGAUGCGCUUGAGGCGGAAUCUAAGGAGUUCGACAAGGACGCCGAGAUAGACCGGAUUCUAAGAGCUUUCCGUUUAGAUGCCUACGCAGUUCUCGAUCUGAACCCCGGUGUACCGGAAUCCGACAUCAAGCUAGCCUACCGCAAGAAGUCGCUACUUAUCCACCCGGACAAGACGAAGAACCCGCAGGCGCCGGAAGCCUUCGACCGAUUGAAGAAGGCGCAGACCGAGCUGAUGGACGAGAAGCACCGGGAGCGGCUGGACGAGGCCAUCGCGGACGCGCGCAUGCUGCUGAUCCGCGAGAACAAGUGGACCGUCGACAGCCCGGAGCUCAAGACGGAGGAGUUCGCCAAGAAGUGGCGCGAGAAGACGCGCGAGGUGCUCAUCGACAACGAGCUGCGGCGGAAGCGCCAGCUGAAGGCGCAGAUGCAGGAGGAGGGCCGCGAGCAGCGCAAGGUCGACCAGGAGCUCGAGGAGCGCAAGCGUAAGAGGCAGCACGAGCAGGACUGGGAGAGCACCCGAGACCAGCGUAUCGACAGCUGGCGCCAGUUCCAAAAGUCCAAGUCCGGCGACGACAAGAAGAAGAAAAAGAAGCUGAAGCCCAUUGGUUAAGUCAAGUCGUUGGGAACAUGUCUAGGAUGACGGGGAAAUAUACUGCGGCUGAAUUUAUACUUGCUUACACAGGAAUCGAACGCUCGUCGA